AGAUUAUGCAAGCUCUAUGGCCAUACAAUAGUAAUUCGAAUGUUAAUUUGCCAAAUUACAGGCAUAUUACAUGGGAUAGGUAUUAUGUUAAUGAACAUUAUGAUAAACACGUAAAUGUGAGUAGUGGAGUAGCGGCAGGCGUCACAAUUGGUAUCUUCUUCAUAGUAUUCGUACUAACUUUCGGGUGCAGAAUCUACAGCCAAUAUAUUGAUCGGGGACAGGGAAAUGCAAAUUCUCCACAGAAUGGAGAAACAAUAAUGAGCGAAGCCAUCGCCUCAGACAUGUGGAUAUGCGGGCGCCCUUCCGAACCGCCUCCGCCCUACGAGAUCGCCAUUUUUAUGCCAACCACGUCACCGUGCCAUAGUGUAGUUGAUGUGUAGUUUGUAGUCUGUAUUAUUGAUUUUUUUGUGUAUAGUUAAAGCUCAGUUUUUUUGUUGCCAUGACCCUGUUGAUAAAUGCCAAUAAAAUUAUGUAAAU